GUUGCACACCAAGCUAGACUUUGUUUCCUAUGGCUCGCAUUCAUGCCGAUCAUUCCACCGCCUACGCGGCUACACGCUCGUAGUAGCUCGCCGCAUAUAUAAACGUCAAAAAGGGAGGCCUUUCUUUUCGUAGUUCGAGCACCAAUCUAGAUAGAUUCCCCCUCCUUCCUUGCUUGCUUGCAAGUCACAGACUCCGGGAGGAAGAAAAGAUCUCGAUCGAGUGAUUCCUUUUUGUUCUUCUCCCUUUUGUUGGGGGUGGAGUGGAGGUCGAUGGACAUGAACAGUGGCUGGCUCGGCUUCUCCUUGUCUUCUUCUUCCUCGGCCGCGCCGGGUUACGGCGGCGGCGGCGAGGGGGGUGGAAGCGGCGGCGGAGGAGACGGUUCUUGCUCGUCUCCUGUGGCUGCGGCGGCGGCGGUGGGGGAUUCGCCUGUCGUGGCUAUGCACUCGUUGCACCCUGCCGGCUCGGUGCAGUACGAUGGUCCAGAUUGGAGGCAUGCAGAAGCCAAGGGCCCCAAGCUGGAGGACUUCAUGAGCGUCGGCUACAGCAACAACAACAACAAAAGCAGCCCCGGCAUCUACGACGGCACCCACGGUGACGAGCUCGUCCACCAUGCCUUCCCUGCAGCUUCGUAUAACUUCCACGGCCACGGCCAUGGCGGCAGCGGCGGCGGCGGCGGCAUUGCCCUUGACAUCAACAUGAACGCGCCACCGCCCUGCACCGGCUUCCAUGACCCGCGAGCGCUCGCAAUCGCGCCGCAGGACCAACACCACUUCCUGCCUGCCCACCACGGCGCGUACUCGCUGUGCGCGCCGAAUAACCCGGGUCCAAUGUACAACGGCGCUGCCGCAGCAGGUUUCGAGGGCUCCUCCAUGUCCAUCUCCGGCAUCAAGUCCUGGCUCCGGCAGUCCAUGUACAUGCCGCCUGACCGGUCACCGCCGGCGGCGCCGCCGGCGCCCGCGAGCGAGCCGGCGCCGCCGGUCCCCGUUCAUCGCAAGCUCGCGCAGACGUUCGGGCAGAGGACGUCGCAGUUCCGCGGCGUCACGAGGCACAGGUGGACGGGGAGGUACGAGGCUCACCUGUGGGACAACACUUGCAGGAAGGAAGGCCAGACCAGGAAAGGAAGACAAGUUUACUUAGGUGGGUAUGACAAGGAGGAGAAGGCUGCAAGGGCUUACGAUCUGGCAGCGCUCAAGUACUGGGGCCCAACCACUCACAUAAAUUUCCCGUUAAGCACCUAUGAGAAGGAGCUCGAGGAGAUGAAGCACAUGACGAGGCAGGAGUUCAUUGCGCACUUAAGAAGGAACAGCAGUGGCUUCUCGAGGGGAGCAUCCAUGUACAGAGGAGUGACCAGGCAUCACCAGCACGGCAGAUGGCAGGCCAGGAUUGGGAGGGUGGCAGGGAACAAGGACCUGUACCUUGGCACCUUCAGCACGCAGGAGGAGGCGGCAGAGGCGUACGACAUCGCGGCGAUCAAGUUCCGGGGCCUGAACGCGGUGACCAACUUCGACAUCGGCAAGUACGACGUGAAGCGCAUCUCCGCCAGCUCGCACCUCAUCGGCGGGGACCUCGCCUGCAGGCGCUCCCCGACGCGCGGCGGCGCUCCGGACGCGCCCGGCAUCGGCAUCGGCGCCCCCGAGGGCGCGUCGUCCGCGGACGCCGCCGGCUCCGACACCCACCGCGGCGCGCACCUGCUGCACGGGCUGCAGUACGCGCACGCCAUGAAGUACGAGGCCGGCGAGAGCAGCGUCGUCGACGGGGCGGCGGCCGGCAGCUGGAUCGCGGCCGCGGCACGGGCGGCGCCGCUCCCCGCCGCAGGCAUGCACCCGCUCCCGGUGUUCGCGCUCUGGAACGACUGACUGCAUGAUCGUCGACCCGCUGCUGAUCUGAGUGACUAGUGUAGCAAGUAAUGUAGGGCCAAGAUGAUGUGGUCGAGAGGAUCUAUCGGGACCCCUGCGAGGGUUACGUGGUGGUGCAUGUCGUAGCAUGGUUGGCAUCUUCUUUCAGUUCGGAGGUGCCGACAAUUUUGCCGCAAUGCGAGACUGCAGCUCGGCAUGCAUGUCACGGCCCGCGUAGGAUUAGGUUUUUUUUAAUGUUGGGUACCUAAAAUAUGCCAUGGCCAGCUAGUUUAAUUGCUAUACGGUCGGAUCAGAUGCCUAUAUAUGCCCGGUCUAUCUACACCAAGCAGGCAAGCACAAAUCCUUGUUUUUCUCUUGUGCUUCUGAUCAAGUUCUCAUGUGAUGCAA